AUUUUUUUCCCAUCCGUAUGAUACCUUUUAAACCGCAAACAACUAAGAUCCGUAUGAAACCUUUUAAUUCAUUAUAAACCGUUGAUAAGAACCUAAACAUCUAGCCUCUUCUAUCCUCUAUAAAUCCCCAUUCCCAUAUCCGAACACCUCACAAAGCAAAACCUCUCUCUCCAAACCCAAACCCAAACCCAAACCCAAACCCAAACCCAAACCCAAACCCAAACCCGAGAUCUCUGCAACUCAUCAUCUUCAGCAAUGGCUCGUACAAAGCAAACAGCAAGGAAAUCCACCGGAGGAAAAGCCCCAAGGAAGCAAUUAGCAACAAAAGCAGCUCGUAAAUCUGCACCAGCGACCGGAGGAGUAAAGAAGCCUCACAGAUUCAGGCCAGGAACCGUUGCUCUUCGUGAAAUCAGAAAAUACCAAAAGAGUACUGAACUGUUGAUUCGCAAACUUCCAUUUCAGCGUUUAGUUCGUGAAAUCGCUCAAGAUUUCAAGACUGAUUUAAGGUUCCAGAGUUCAGCAGUUGCGGCAUUACAAGAAGCAGCUGAAGCUUAUCUUGUUGGUUUGUUCGAAGAUACUAAUCUAUGUGCGAUUCAUGCUAAAAGGGUUACUAUUAUGCCUAAAGACAUUCAACUUGCAAGGAGAAUCAGAGGUGAACGUGCUUGAAAAAGAGGGGUUUAAUUUCUUUGUAAAUCUAGAUUAGGGAUCUGUCUUUUUUUCUUCUUCUUUUGGUAUGUAGAACUGUCAGUGCACUGAUUUUGACAAUCUAAUGAAAUGGAAUUUCACAGUUUCUGAAUA